AUGAAAAACGAAUUAAUCAACUGGAGCGAGAUUAUUCCCAAAGAAAUAGUAGAGUUAAAAUCUGAAAUCUCUACCCUAAAAAGUCAGCUAUAUCAAGCUAGGAAAGAUGUGCAAGAUAAGGGAAAAUAUAUUUCUAGUUUAGAAGAGCAUAUCCCAGACUUUCUUGCGCAACUUAGACUAGACUUGCAAAAUCAGGGAAUAGAUCCAGCAGGUGCAGGGGCUAAUGGAAGAUCUCAGACAAUAGGACAUUUAAGAGGAUAUAUGAGAGGAAGGACCCUGGAAUGGUUUGAUGAGAAGAUUACUACAAAGGCAAAUUGGGAAUUAACUAAUCUGACUGAUGGUACAGGACAAGCCAAUUUGGUAGCUGUAAAUGGGCGUACAGCUGUUCAGAUAGGUGCUGAUAGAUUAAAUGAGGCACUCGGACAACCUAGAAAUGCAAUAGUAAAAUUAAGAGCU